AUGGACCUUCGAGACUACGACCACUACGCGCGUCUGCUCAAUACCUUCACCACCCAACAUUCGAUUCCAAAGGGGAAACAAAUCCACAAUCUUUUCCUCAAAAUGGGCGUCCUUUAUUCCACUCUCACCAUUGCCAAUCGUCUUCUGCAGAUGUACAGCAGGUGCGGAUCAAUUGGUGAUGCCCGCAAACUGUUUGACGAAAUGCCCCAAAGAAACCUCUUCACCUGGAACACCCUGCUAGAAAGAUACGCCAAGACGGGCCGUAAGACCGAUCUAUUUAGCCUUUUCCACUCGAUGCCCGACAAGAACGAGUUCUCUUGGAACGUGAUCCUGUCGGGCUUGGCCCGGUCAGGAGAUAUGGAAGCUGCCGAGCAGUUGUUUCGUGAAAUGCCAAAGAAGAAUGAUAUAGCGUGGCACACGAUGAUUCAUGGGCAUGCUAGGAACAUGAGAUCGAGGAUGGCCUUAGCAUCGUUUAAGGAUUUUCUAAAAUGGGAGUCAAGCGAAAAGGGCGGUGUCUUUAGCUCUGAUCCUUUCGUUUUAGCCACGGUUAUCGGGGCUUGUUCGGAUUUGGGAGCCCUUGAUUUGGGAAGGCAAGUUCACGCGAGAUUGAUAAUCGAUGACGUGGAGUUUGACUCGGUCUUGGAAAGUUCGCUCGUGAACAUGUAUGGAAAAUGUGGCGAUUUGGAUAGUGCGGGCUGUGUUUUGAAUGAAAUGUCGGCGGGCCCAGAUGAUUACUCGUUGUCGUCUUUGAUUUCGAGCUAUGCAAAUUGCGGUAGAAUGAACGAGGCGAGAAGAAUUUUCGAACUUAAAACCAAUCCGUGUGUUGUGCUGUGGAACUCUGUAAUUUCUGGAUAUGUUACAUCUGGCGAUUCUUCGGAGGCCUUGGUUAUUUUCGAUAGAUUGCACAAGAGUGGGAUUUCAGGAGAUUUUUCGACAUUUUCUAGUGUUAUGAGCGCCUGCAGUAAUAUCGGCAAUCCUAGAAAUUGCAUUCAAUUUCACGCCGUGGCUAAAAAAAUGGGAAUUAUUUACGAUCUGCUCGUCGCUAGUGCGUUUAUCGACGCGUAUGCAAAGAGCGGAAGCCAUGUCGAUGCCAUCAAUUUUUUCACCGAGCUAAGAACUUACGACACGGUUUUACUGAACUCAAUCAUCACCGUUUACUGUAACUGUGGUAGAAUUCCCGAGGCAAAAUCAAUUUUUGACCGUUUGGAGUCGAAAAAAACACUGAUCUCGUGGAAUUCCAUGAUGGUCGGGCUGAGUCAGAAUGGGUACCCUGCCGAGACAUUACAACUCUUUUGCGAAAUGAAUCGAUUAAAUCUCGUCAUGGACAAAUUUACCCUCUCAAGCGCCAUCGCCGCGUGCGCGAGCAUACCUUCGUUUUCGAUUGGUGAACAAAUUUUUGCUCGGGCCAUAGUCAUUGGAGUUGACUUUGACCAGGUCAUAUCGACCUCUCUUGUCGGCUUCUACUGCAAAUGCGGUUUCGUGGGGUUUGGGCGAAAAUUGUUCGACCGAAUGACGAAAUCGGACGAGGCCUCUUGGAACUCGAUGCUGACGGGCUACGCAACAAACGGGCUCGGGUUCGAGGCCCUUGCCCUGUUUCGGAAGAUGAGACUCGCUGAGGUUCCGCCAUCUGGCGUCACGUUCACGGCCGUUUUGUCCUCUUGCGACCAUUGUGGACUCGUGGAGGAAGGAGAAAACUGGUUCCGAGUGAUGAAAGAGGAGUACGGUAUUCGUCCGGGAAUCGAGCAUUAUUCGUGCGUGAUCGGGCUUUUGGCGAGGGCCGGUCGGGUUCGGGAGGCGGUCGAGCUUGUGGAACGGGUUAGUGAGGAGAGGCGUGACGUCAGCAUGUGGGCAGCCGUGCUUAGGGGAUGUGUCGAGAGCGGUGACCGGGCACUGGCGGAGAAAGUGGCAGAGAGGAUAAUGGAGCUUGAUUGCCGGAAUUCGGGGGCGAUGGUGCAGCUGGCGGCAGUUAUGGCGGCCGGAGGGGACUGGCGGCGGUCGGAGAUGGUGAGGCGAUUGAUGAGGGAUACAGGGAUUGAGAAAAGUCCGGGGAGAAGCUGGUUGUAG